AUGGCCUCGUCGUCGCUGCGCACCUCGCUCGGCAGCAGCGGCCACUCGCUGGGCGACUCGUGCAUCGACCUGUAUGCCGAGCGGGUCAUGAUCCCGCGGAUCUCGCUCCUGUCGCUGCUGGCCGGCUUGUCGGCGCUGUCGGUGCUGCUCGUCCGGCACCGUCGGCGGCGACGGCUGCAACGCGUCCGGCAGUCGGCCAAGCUGCUGCCGGAGAAGGUCGUGCUCGAGUCGUCGCUCGUGUCGGACGACGGCGACGAGCUCUCGUCUCGGAAGCGCUGGUUCGCGUGCUUCCUGGCCACGAGCGUGGCGUGGGUCACCGUCUUCCUCUGCACCUUCAACUCGUCCACGGCCCUCGCGUCCACGUCCAUGAGCGCGGCACAGGCGCGGCCCCGCAUCGUCUUCAGCUUCACGACGACGCCCAGAGGCAUCGACGACAUGCAGCCCACGGUGGACGCGCUCGUGCGCCAGGAGGGCGACGGCUUCGACGCCGUGUACGUCAUCGUGCCCAAAACGUACCGCGACCAGGCCGUGCAGAUCCCCGAGUGGCUGCUGGACGGCCGCACCAAGCUCAACCAGAGCGAGUUCCGCGGCAUCACGUUCGCCACGGGGGCGAGUCCGUACCACGACAAGCUCCGGCUCAUCGUGCUGGACACGGACUUCGGCCCGGCCAGCAAGGUGCUGGGCACGCUGCUGGUGGAGCAGGACCCGGACACCGUCAUCGUGUACGGCGACGACGACCGCAUCUACCCCACGCAGCUGUGCGAGCGCGCGCUGCACUACACGCACAAGUACCCGGACGACGCCAUCGCGGUGCUGGGCGGCUGGAUCUCGGCCGAGGACGAUCUGUACUGUGGACGCAGCCUCGCGGUCGGGGUCAACAGCGUGUCGUUCGUGGGAGGGGCGGGUGGAGUCGCAGUGAAGCGCAAGUUCUUCGGCCUGGAGGAGGCGACGAUGUCGGCCUUCGAGGUGGCCAACAUGUCCAAGGCCUGCUUCCUGGGGGAUGACUACUAUCUGUCGCACCUGUUGAGUCGGAAUGGAGUUAGAAGACGACUUGUAUCGGACAGCUGCUGGAACAUUGAGUCACUGACAGAGUCGUUCUCGCACGGGGGACUGUCGUACGCGCCGUCGGAACACCCGGGAGGGGCCAAUGUGGAGCACUACCAGCAGUGCAUUCGAGAACUGGGCAAAGACCAGGACUUAUCUCACGACGGCGAGUUUGGAUCUACAUUCAUGUUCGUGUUUUCUCGACUGUGGGGGGUUUUGCGAGGACUGAGGAAUUUAUACUUUGGCAGCGAAUUCGUGACCGGCCACAGCGCUACCGCAAUGAAUGGGCAGCUCCGCUUCUUCAAGGAGGCCAAUGUCCAGAGUCUGCGCAGCAUCAUCCACGCUUCCGCCUCGGAUCUCUGCUACGACAUGCCCUGCUCCACGCUCAGUGGCAGCAUUUCUUCAGUGCAGUGGGCGGAGCUCCCGACCACGGGGACGGCCUACACCGACGGACAGGCGCGAAUCGCCUUCUACAAAGGCGCCAACUGCACGGGCAAGGCGGCGGUGGUGAAAACGAGCGCCGGGAAGAUCUCCGACUUUGCCGCGUUCGGGAUGGACAACGCCGUCUCGUCGUUUGCUGUGCUGGAGACCUCGAAGGUGAUGAAGCACAAGACAGAGAACGUUUGCAAGGGGUAA